CAGCACUAUCCAUCAUUAAAAUAGCGUUAAGCAAAGCUUAAAUAUACAUCAAAGGAAAAUAAGAUAAUAGACAUAGCUAACACCAACAACAAUGCAAAUGAUUAAGAGCUCCGAAAGCACUCUCAUCUUCCCUUCUCGCCCUCCCUUCCUCCAUGAUCAUGCUCUCCCUCUCUCUCACCUUGACACUGAUCGCAACCUCCACCUCACCUUCCGCUACCUUAGAGCUUACGUCGCCACCGCCACAACCUCCCACGACCCCUUCCUUGUCAUCUCUUCUUCCCUAUCCGAAGCUCUCGUUCAUUACUACCCACUUGCCGGCACGCUUCGCCGCCGCAAAAGCGAAGAUCGCCGCCUCGAAAUCUGGUGCGAAGCCGGCCAAGGCGUCCCUCUCGUCCGUGCCACCGUGGAUUUCACACUUGAUUCGGUGAAUUAUCUCGACGACCCGGCUUCGCAUUUCGUCGAACAGUUGGUGCCCGACCCGGAACCCGAAGAGGGGAUGGAGCACCCGUGCAUGCUUCAAGUGACGGUGUUCAAGUGUGGCGGGUUCACACUUGGGGCGGCGAUGCACCACUCGCUGUGCGACGGGAUGGGCGGGACUCUGUUCUUUAAUGCGGUGGCUGAGUUAGCUCGCGGGGCGACCCGGAUAACGGUGGAGCCCGUUUGGAACCGUGAGAGGUUGUUGGGUCCGAGGGACCCGCCCCGAGUGGAUUCGGGUUUGAUAAGGGAGUUUCUGCGUUUGGAGAAAGGGUUUUUACCGUACGAGCAAGACAUUGGUGGUGUUGUAAGAGAAUGCUUUCAUGUGAGGGAUGAAUGCUUGGACAAGUUCAAGAGGUCCUUGUUUGACCAAUCUGGCUUCAACUUCACCACUUUUGAAGCUCUUGGUGCUUACAUUUGGAGGUCCAAGGUCAGGGCCUCGGGAGUCCAGGCUCAUGAGAAGGUUAAGUUUGCAUACUCAAUUAAUAUACGGAGACUAGUAAAGCCAUCACUACCUGCUGGUUACUGGGGUAAUGGUUGUGUUCCAAUGUAUGUGCAGCUGAGUGCCAAAGAUUUGAUAGAGGAACCCAUUUGGGAAACAGCAGAACUAAUAAAAAAGAGUAAAAGUAAUGUAACUGAUGAGUAUGUUCGCUCCUUCAUAGAUUAUCAGAUGCUGCAUUUUGCUGAUGGUAUCACAGCAGGAAAAGGGGUGAGUGGGUUCACGGAUUGGAGACACUUAGGCCAUUCAACUGUGGACUUUGGGUGGGGAGGCCCUGUUACUGUUUUGCCACUUGGAAGGAACUUACUUGGGAGUGUUGAGCCUUGCUUCUUUUUGCCUUAUUCAACAGCCAUUGCGGGGAAGAAGGAGGGGUUCAAGGUUUUGGUGACUUUGACAGAGGCUGCUUUGCCUGCUUUCAGAGAAGACAUGCAGGUGUUUGCCAGUAGCCAAGAUCAGUGGCCGAGCCAUCUAUAGAUGGUUUGGGCCAUUGAUUUGAUGCAAACAAUUGGAAUUGGAGAUGAUAGAUUUUGACAACAAUAAAUACGUAUGAGGCAGCUUAAGUGUGAUGGCCAAAAUAAGGUCUUUCCUAGAUAUGUAAACGUAAGAGCAAAGCUCUAAAUAAGGCUCACUGCUUAGUGCUUAUACAGUUGUUUUAUUCUUUCUUCGUUUUAGCUUAAAAUGUAUGUUUCCCUUUAUUUUUCAAA